AGAAGUGAAUUAGUUGCACAAUUAGCCGCUGUGUAUGUUUGUAUCGUUUGCGUGGUGACAAACAUGCCCAAAUGAUCAAACUGUUUAUAAGACACGUUAAAAACAUCUCACAUUUAUUUAGAUCCGCCAAUAAGAAACAAGCUGAAAUGUGAAAGAUUUGUUAGUUUGCCAUCUACAUGUUGUAUAAAGCUGAAAUUUACAUACAUUGCGAUGACCUAUUAACAUUUUGCAUCACUUUUGGCAGCGACGCCGUGCAGACUCGGGGGGAAGCUGGUGGUCUUGUCGCUGCACACCUCCAGUGUGCCUUUUGUGGUCACUUCUCCAAAAGCCAUGCCCACCAGCUGUCCCACAUGGCUACCACCCACCCCACCUGCCUGGAUGACGUCGCGAUGGGUCGCCUGGGGAUCAUCCUGAUUUAUCAGAGUGGCGCCCAGCUCUUCCACUGUGCAGAGUGCUUUUACACCAGCAGAGACUUCAGCAAAUUGUACCAACACAUCAUCUCCCAACACUGUGUGGAUGAGACGGUAGGGGGGGGCGCUGAUGGGGAGGAUAAUGGGAGUGAGAAGGGGGACGAGGAAGUGAAAGAAGCUGAGGAGGAGGAAGAAGAGGCAUCUCCUCUGGUGAAGAACAGUGUGGACGGGGAGGAGGAAGCUGAGGGAAAGGGUGAAGAUGGUGCCUCUCACAGGAUGGAGUCAAUCAAACCGGACAGCGAAGCAGAUAAAACCGUGCUCCUCUUCUCAGAUGGCCUGUACCGCUGCCUGAUCUGCAGCUGGAAGAAUAAGCUGAAAGCCGUAGCCAUCAACCACGUGGUGCGGAAACAUGGCAUCCCUCGGGUGUACGUCACCCAAAGGAUCCGACAAGACACCUUCGCCGACACAGACAACUCUUCACCCAAACAUGUGACCGGCGGAACCGAGGAGGAGGAGGAGGUUGGGCUGAGUGCUGACCUCUUAAAGGAGGAACUGGAUAUGACGGCCAAAGUGGUACAAUUCACCGCCAACCGCUACGUCUGCCUUAUCUGCGGAUGGAAGACCAAAAUGAAAGGUUUUGUCCUAAGUCACGUGGUUCGUUGUCAUGACGUUGAGCGGCCAUUCAGCUGCAAAGACUGCAAAUCGUCCUUCUUCCUGCCCAGCCAACUCCAGCAGCACACCAGGGUGGCUCACCGCCCGGGACGCUUCGUCUGCCCCUUCUGUUGCUUCCGGUCGCACGUCCUGGGCGGCUUCCGGAGGCACUGCAGCCGAUGCAAUGCCCGCGAGGAGGGGGAAGGGGUAGGGUUGGCGGUGGAUGAGGAGGCGAGGGGGGUAGUGGGUGAGGAGGAAACGAAAGCGACUAGAGCUGGCAGAAAAAGAGCGCGGAGAUUGAUUGCGGAGGGGGAAGAGGAACUGAUGUCAUAACUUGUCUUUUUUUUUUUCAUUCAUUCACUACUACUUUUUUGUUUUUUUAAAUAAUAUUACCUUUGUAAUUAAGAUUUAUUGAGUCAAAAAACAAACCAAAGCCACCAAUCACAUUAAAGUGACGUGGUGGUGAGCCAUGACUUUUGUUUUCUCCUACAGAAAUUCAAAGGGGAAAGAAACAAACCUCACAUCUUACACUGGUUGGCCAUGAAAAACAGCUAAAGGAGAGAAAUAUGUUUCAGCUUUUCCCCAAAAGGAAGUAUUCAAGUGCGACAUUUGUUCUGUGACCUCUUUUACAAUAACUUCCUGCAAUAAAAAGAUUUUCAAAC